UUUUACCUUUUGCUCCAAUUCUUCCGGACGUAUUUAGACGUCGCUUCAACGUAGUGUCGUCACUUCCUUUUAGCAACAGAGGCGAGUGAGCGGGAACUUUGACAGCCUCGGUAAAUCGUUUCUUUUUAUAAAGGAUUUAUUUUCCAUUAGCCGAGUUGUGGUUGUUUCAGAGUCGUAACCGAAGAUGAGAACGUUAGAGGAGGUCCAGGCCACGCUGCAGAUUGCCAAGCUGAAUGAGGAAGAUUUAAACCCGACCAUCCACUGUUUGUCUUUUGGGGAAAACGUUUCAUCUGCAGACUACUGCCUGAUGGAGCUGGACGACACACUCUGCAAACACAUUGAAGCUGGUCAAAGUCUUGUUAUCCGAGGGGACAAAGAUGAGCGAGCGGUGCUUUGCAGCUGUGAUAAAACCUAUGAUCUAAGAAUAGCGAAUACUUCCAACCUGCUGCUGUUUGUGCCUGGAUGCAAAACUCCUGACCAACUCCCCAUCACCCAGGACCGUGCAUGUGUGGUACAUGCCGAGAUCUGGGGAUUUUGUAACAGCUACUGGGAACCGAGGAAGCAGCGUCCAAAACUGAAGAAGCUAAAGAAGCUUUUGAUGGAGAAUCCAUAUGCAGGAGUUCCACUAGCAGGGCAAGAAGAGAGCAAAGAGAACAGGUACACAAUGCAGGAUCUGUUGGAGAGGAUCCAGGCCAGUGAGGAGGAGAUUAAGAACCACUUGGUGACCAUUCACGCCUGUCAGAUAGAUGGAUGCUGGUGUGGGUUGGACUUUGACUACGAAAUGAAGCUGCUCAGUCAUGUGACUCAGCUGGUUGAUUCUGAGUCAUGGUCCUUUAACAAGGUCCCCCUUCAAACCAGUCUGGAGGAACUGGCUCCACUGGAACCCAGGGAGAUGAUCGAGCACUGUUUGAACUGCUACGGGAGACGCUACACGGACAAGGGUGAGGUGUUUUAUGCGCUCCAUGAAGAUAAGGUGUGUCGAGGCCUGGCACUAAUGCUGCUGCAGAACGCUGUCAAGUUCAACCUAAAGGAGUUUCAGGAGGUCUGGCAGCAAAGUGUGCCAGAGGGCAUGAGCACAAGACUAGAGCAGCUGAAGGGAGUCGUUCUAGUGGACCGCGCCUCAAGCCCAGAAACCAUCAGUCUGCUAAAGGUGGAGGACCUCCCAGAAGACACGUUGGAGCGCUUCAACCUACUUUUUACUCUUCGAGAGAAAUGGACAGAGGAGGACAUCACACCAUACAUACAAGACCUAUGUGGAGAGAAACAGACCACUGGAGCCCUUCUGACCAAAUUCGCUCGAUCGUCGUUGCAAAACGGAAUAAAGGUUUUUAACUCCAGAAGACCCGUAGCCACAUGAACGCGCUGGCUUUACAGCAACAGAUUUAAAAGUUCAGACGUGUGCGUUUGUUUAUUUUUACUCUGCCUUUUUCAGUUUUGAAAUCAGAUUUUUUUUUAAAUAUAAGUCGUGUUUUCAGUGCCGUCUUUCCACACUUGGGAUGUUCAGACUUGUGAAAAUAUACCGUUAAAAAAAAUUUAAAAUAAAAGGUUUUUGGUUCAAAAGA